AUGAUGCUCACUUUUCCGAUCGGCUUUCUUGCUGUAUGCGCGAUAGCCCAUGCAGCUCCUGCCUCAAAGUCAGCCCCUACUGUGAAGAUUCUCAAUGGAACUUAUGCGGGUACACGCAAUGUACAUUAUGACCAGGAUUACUUCUUGGGAAUGCCUUAUGCCCAGCAGCCGGUUGGUGAUCUGCGGUUUACGGUGCCGCGAUCGUUGAAUAAGAGCUGGGACGGCACACGCGAUGCGAAAGAAUUCUCGGAUAUUUGUGUUGGCUAUGGAACCGACUCGAUCUGGUAUCCCCAGUCCGAGGCUUGUCUCACCAUCAAUGUCAUCCGUAGCUCAUCUGUUACGGGGAAUUCCAAGCUUCCUGUUGCAGUCUGGAUUCAUGGAGGUGGAUUCUAUGAGGGAUCCGGAGCUGAUCAGCGGUAUAAUAUGUCGAGAAUCGUGGACAAUGCAGAACAAAUUGCCUGGGGCUGGAUUAGUUCAAGUCAGGUCUGGGGCAGUGGAAAUACAAACCUUGGCCUACGUGAUCAGAGAUUAGCCCUACAAUGGGUCCAGGAGAAUAUCGCAGCUUUUGGCGGCGAUCCUACCAAAGUGACGAUAUGGGGCGAGUCCGCAGGGGCCAUGUCAGUGGGCUACCAUCUCACAGCGUACGGAGGACGAGACGACAAGCUCUUCCGGGCUGGAAUAAUGGAAUCUGGCGGCUCUAUCGCAGCCAGUCCAGAAAUCUACACUACAUUCCAAUCAACCUAUGAUGAGCUUGUCUCUGCCGUGAACUGCAGCAACGAGGUGGAUACAAUGCAAUGUCUACGUGAAGUGCCCUUUGAUAAUUUGAACGCUGUUCUGAAUGGGACUGACGGGUCCUCGGAGUAUAAUUUCUCGCCCGUGCUGGACGGCGAUUUGAUUCGGAACUGGGGCAGUAUCCAGUUGAACAAGCAUGAAUUUGUUAAGGUUCCGAUUCUUGCUGGUAGUAACACAGAUGAGGGGACUGCAUUUGGUCCUACGGGGAUAAAUACUACGGAACAGUGGUAUGAAUAUUUAACCAGUAUGUGGUAUCUUGGAUUCAAACAAAUGUCUACCUCUUUUCGGUUCUACAUGGAUGGCGGAUUCGAUUUCCAAACUCCACCGUCUGUCGCGGAGGAAAUUCUGCAGUUGUAUCCCGAUGACCCUUCGUUGGGCAUCCCGGAAUUUCUCGGCGAUGAGCGAGUUCCUUCCAUGGGUUAUGAGUGGCGACGGACUAGUGCCUUUGCAGGUGAUUUCACUAUGCAUGCGAACCGGCGUCGACAGUGUGAGGCGUGGACGGAAACCUCAACACCGGCGUAUUGCUAUCGGUUUAAUGUCCAUUCAGCCGAUACUCCGGUAAUAAGUGGAGCAACACAUUUCGAGGAAGUUUCUUUUGUGUUUAACAAUAUCGACGGACUUGGGUACCAUUACGGGAAACCGUUCGCCGGAGUUCCGCGGUCGUACUACGAUCUUAGCUCGAUGAUGACAAGUAUGUGGGCCUCUUUUAUUCAUGAUCUAAAUCCUAACUCGGGGGUGGUCAACAAAUCGGUGCAUUGGACUGCCUAUGCGAAAGAAAAGCCCGUGGACCUCUUUCUCAACGCCAAUACGACCAGUCAUAUGGAGGCUGAUACAUGGCGCAAGGAGGGCAUCGAUUAUAUUAACUCGGUGGCUAAAGCCUUCUGGCGAUAG